GCGGGAGCGCCCUUCCUGUUCCCGGGCAGGUGUCGGCGGCGGCGGGGGCGCGAUGAACAAUCCUAUACCUUCCAAUUUGAAAUCAGAAGCAAAAAAGGCUGCUAAAAUCCUAAGAGAAUUCACGGAAAUAACUUCCAGAAAUGGACCUGAUAAGAUCAUUCCUGCCCACGUGAUUGCUAGAGCCAAAGGCCUUGCGCUUCUGUCCGUGGUCCGGGCCGGCUUCCUCGUGACGGCAAGAGGGGGCAGCGGCGUGGUGCUGGCGCGCAGGCCCCACGGAGAAUGGUCUGCGCCCUCCGCCAUUGGGAUAGCUGGGCUUGGUGGAGGAUUUGAGAUAGGAAUCGAGGUAUCAGAUUUGGUAAUAAUUCUGAAUUACGACAGAGCAGUUGAAGCUUUCGCAAAAGGCGGUAACCUGACGCUUGGAGGGAACUUUACUGUGGCAGUUGGGCCCCUGGGAAGGAAUUUAGAAGGAAAUGUGGCCCUAAGGAGCCCUGCUGCCGUCUUCACAUACUGCAAGUCCAGAGGACUGUUUGCUGGCAUAUCUUUAGAAGGCAGCUGCUUGAUUGAAAGGAAAGAAACUAAUCGAAAAUUUUAUUGUCAAGAUAUCCGGGCUUACGACAUUUUAUUCGGAGAAGUACCGCGGCCCGCUCAAGCCGAAGAUCUUUAUGAAAUUCUCGAUUCCUUUACCGAGAAGUAUGAGAACGAGGGACAACGAAUCAACGCAAGGAGAGCGGCCAGGGAGCAGAGGAAGGCGGCUGCUAAAGAGUUACCCCCGAAACCGCUGUCGAGACCACAGCCGUCACCUGCGCAAGUCCCGCCGAACUCUGGCUCCCAAGGUGACAGAAACAAAUACAAGCUCUACCCUGAACUUUCCAGCUAUCAGGAGAGAGUCGGCAAUUUGAGUCAGCCCAUAGAAGUGACGGCACUAUACUCUUUUGAAGGACAACAGCCGGGGGAUUUGAAUUUUCAAGCUGGAGACAGAAUCACAGUCCUAUCAAAAACGGAUUCACACUUUGAUUGGUGGGAAGGGAAGCUGCGGGGUCAAACUGGCAUUUUUCCAGCCAACUACGUUACCAUGGAUUAAAGUUCAUAUUAUUUUCUUCUUUGAGAAUCAUAGAACACUAAUUUCUCCACUGACAGGGUUUACUAUCCAGUUAAGCAAUGUUUAAUAGGUUUUAAAAUGCUGCUCUUUGCCCUAUAAACCUUUAUCCAACCUGUAAAGGAUUUUUUUCCUCUCUGUGGAUGGUUAACUUACACGUCUUUAAAUGCUCUGUACUAAUUUUAUCACAUGUGCCAUGUAAUAGUCAACAUUCUCCAAUUCCUAUGGUCACAGUCCUUUCGGCUCAUUUUCGGGCAUCGCCAAACGCGUGACUGGCUGUGGAUGCGGUGACGGCAUGUUUUACUUUGAGAGCCUGAGGGCGGGGGCGUGGGUACGUGGAUUCGUGCAUCUCUUAGGAGGAGGAAUCAGCUUAACGAAGGUAUUAAGUAAUCCCUCUAGUUGUAGGUAAACCGGAACAGGGAUCCUUAAAAAUGAUCUUUAUUUCUGCAAACGUCACGUGCACGUAGAGCGAUAGCAGAGACUCGGUGAGGAACUCGGCCCCUCGGCGUUAAACAAGACGCCGCGAACUUCUCGUCUGCGUGAGGUUGUGCGCUCAUUUCUAGUAGGAGAGUCAGCAUACGGCGGCCUGGGCUCCUGUCCCCAAAUAAAUGCUUUUUAAAUGGUGAGCUAUUGUCUUGGUUUUCCCCGACUUUCUAGCGUCCGGAGGCCCCGUGGUCGGCCCGAAGCUAAGACCUCCGCUGCGACUGGCUGUCUAACUCGGUUUCUUUGUGGCUGUGGACGUGCACACUUGACAGAUGCAACUAGGAUCAAGCGGCUCCCACCAGCUUGGGUCACGCGUCCUGAGGACACAGAGCACUUAGCGGAUCUCAGGCACACGGUGCACCAGUUGGGGCCGUCCCCAUGCCACGCCCGGGAUCCCUGCACCUUGUCCCUCGCACGCCUGGCGGGCUGCGGCCUUUGACCCCGACUCCGCGCCCGGGUAACCACACUAGUCUGGCGGAGUCUGGCUCGUUCGCAUCCCCACGGACGUGAGAGCCGACAGUAUUUGUGUUUUACUGACGUAUGUCACUCGGAUCGCGCCCUCCGGAUCCACGACUUCGCACUCCCCGGACGUCCUCGCUCGUCUCAGCAGGUGCCUUCUGGCCUCAGGCUGUGUUUCGCUUCCCCGUGGGCACCCCGGCCAGAGCGCCGACAACGCCCGUCUGCUCGAACGUCGCUGACCAUCCUGCAGGGUUUCCCUUCCACACAACAAGUUGCUUUUCUCCUGCUA